AGAUGGCGCUUUUCAAACACUUCCGGUAAGAAAUCUACACAAAAAAUCCAGUGAGACGUAAACUAUGUCCCUGCAAUAUUAGUCCAGUAUGGAAACAGAAGAUCAACAGCGUUAUAGGUUCCAAGUUGAACUGGAGUUUGUGCAGUGUCUAGCCAACCCUAACUAUCUGAACUUUUUAGCUCAGAGGGGAUACUUCAAGGAAAAGAAUUUCAUCAACUACCUCAAAUAUUUACUGUAUUGGAAGGAACCUGACUAUUCUAGGUUUUUAAAGUACCCUCAGUGUUUGUACCUACUGGAACUUCUCCAGUACGAACAGUUCCGCAAAGAGAUUGCCAACGCUCAAAAAGAACAAAACUAUUGCAAGCAGAGGCUGAGAGACAUCAACAGUUGCAGACCAAACAAUAGUGGCCAGUUAUUAGUUAUGUCAAUCAACUUCUGUCUUCCUCCAUUCAAGCCUAGGAUAUCCUGCGAUAAAGUCUGUGCAGAUGGAUAUGAAGUGGAAAACUUAGUUAGAAAAACUGGUUUGUUUAUGAGCAACAGUGGCUUCAUGGUUGAGAGAUUCAUAAAGCCCCCAGUAUGUGUUACGGUAGAAUUCCCAUGUAAUGUAGACUUACAGAGUGUCGUUAUAAAUCCCAUAGUUGGAGGACAGAAAUCAUGUGGUUUUGAGAUAUUAACUCAGUCAUCCUUCAAUAGAGGGUGCUGGCUGAUGGAUACAGAUAAAUGUCCAGAUUUGAAAGUAAGUUCUUCAUCCGAUACUUUUUAUCCGAUAGGGAAGAUAUACACGGAUGAACCAAAAAUGAUACGUUUUGUAAAUAGAAGCAAUAGGCAAAGAAUGAAUCAAAGCCAAAUUUCUGUGAAUAUGAACAAUUGCAUAGAAGGCGAUUUGAGGCACCAUAGGGUGGCGACACUCAGAUCUGUGAGUCAUGUGAUGAUCAGGAUCACAAGGACAUUGGCGGGAGCUAUACCUGGUAUGAAAUCUCUAGAGAUUUGGGGACAACCAGCUCUAUGUACUCCAAGACAGUUAACCAACCUCAUUCAACAAAUUAACUAUAAUAUCAUCAACAUCAACCCACAUCCUGCAGUUAGUGUGCAUGAUAACACAUCUGAAUCCAGCCCAUGUAAAGCAGACAUUGAUACAGCACAAAAGGCAAGCCUUCCAAAUGAUGUUGAGAUUCCACCAGAGUUUAUUGAUCCAUUGACCAUGGAGAUAAUGGCACUUCCUUCUGUGUUACCAUCAGGCCAUACCAUCGACCAGUGCACCCUUGAUAAAUACAUAGAAUACGAGGCUCAUUGGGGACGUUCCCCAAGUGAUCCUUUCACUGGUGUAAUCUUCACAGACAGCCACAAGCCUUUACUGAAUGCUGGGUUAAAAUCCAGAAUUGAUCAGUUCCUAUUGACCAACAGUGAUAAGGACUCUUUGAAACAUGUUGGUAGGACUCUUGGUCAUAAUAAUGAUGAUACUUUUACAUCAGUUGGAAAGAAUCUAGGAGGAACUUCGAGCAUUGCAAAAAUACCUAUACCUAGCUAUUCCUCAAGUACUCAAGGUGCUCAAAUGGAACAUAAAGACACCGGAAUUAGAUGUAAUGUAUCAAAGGAAAGUACAAUAACCCCACUGAAGAGAUCUCAUACAGAUAUAAUUGAUCUUACAGAUGAAGAUCAAACUGAACAUAAACCUACAGCUGCAAAGGUACAAAAAGUAGAGUUUAAGUCUAAUGCCAAAGGAACACCUUCCCAUAGCACCAAACUUAGUGAUAGUCUAGACCAGGCACUAAGCUCUUCCCUAAAUUACCUGCCUACAUAUAGCAAGUUUGUUAAACCUGCUAAAGAUCUGUCUAAACUAUGUGCACAGUGUGAUAGUGAACCAAAGCCUAAUGGCAAGUAUAAGAUCACAUGCGGACAUAUUAUAUGUAGGGACUGUUUAGUAGGAAGGAAGUCUGGUAAAUGCAAGAUAUGUAAGAUAGAUUUCCUAUCAAAAGAUGUUCAAAAGUGUCAUUAGUUUAAAGUUUUGUAUUUUUGCACUGAAAACUGGAAAUGCAAUACACUACAAUAUGUUUUGCCAUGUCAUAUUUAGGAACCUUCCAGCAUUUAUGUUAAAAUAAUGGAACAUGUUGAAAUUGUUCAAAAUUAAUUUAAAACUGAAAUAUUGUUGUAAUUUGUUGUAAGCAUAUAAUAGGUGCAUAUAUGCACCCAUAGGCCUUUAUAUGUCUUCAGCUUUUAAGCAAGGUCAAGGUCACCUGAAAGGUUAUAGGUCAGUACCUGCCUACUUGAUAACACUUGGAAAACAUGUAGGUCAUGUAAGGCACAUUAAGAAGUAUAGGUCUAUGGAGGUCAUCUUUAAGGUCAGAGGUUAUUAUAUGGGUAUUUUAUAUUUUGGCAAUUUUGUUUAAUUGAGGUCAUGGUCAUCUCAUACAUGAUAUUUCUGUAUCGAAGGUAAAGUGAAGUUUUAGCUUGUAUUUACGAAUGCAACUAACGGCUGACGGCUACCGGACCAGCCAACUAUUUUAUGACCAACUCAUUUAAAUAUGAAUGGAAUUGUGGCAGGAGCUUUUCAUAUUUAAAUGCGUUGCCCAUAAAAUAGUAUGGUAAUCCAGUAGCCGGCAGCCGUUUGUUGCAUUCGUGAAUACACCAAGGUCAAUGUAUAAGUCAAAGGUGAUAUAUAUGUUUUUAUGUUUUUUUCCUGGUAUAUGGUGAAGUGUUGUCGCUUGAAAGGUCUGUGCUAGGCAUCAAGGAAAUGGGUAGCCUGUUGGAAACAUUAUAAUAAAGGUAUUCAAACAUCUUUUUGUAAAAUAAGCAAAUGGGUUUUGGAACUGGUUAAAUGGGAUUAAUUGAAAUUUCUGUAACUAUAAAAUAAAAGCAGAAAUCAUGAUUAGAUUACCAAAAUGUCACUUUAGGAGAUGAAAUAUAAGCCAUUCAAAUUCAAAAUGUGUAUUUAUUUUUGUAUCAUUACAAAGUACUAAUAGUAGUACAAAGUAGUCAUCCUAUUAACCCUCAGUUACAUUUGCUGUAUGGUGACUGUAGCUUCAUGAAAUUGAUAUAGAAAAUCUACAUCGAACUACUUAUUCCUAUAUGUUAUGCUGCAUCUUUUAUCUCAAUUUUUGGAAGCUACAGCCACUAUAUGGUUGCCAUAGAUCAAAUCUGAAUGGGGCAUCAAGCUUGACUUUCAGAAAUAUUUACUUAAUUUGCCGAAAACAAACGUUCUUUGGCUGACAACAACUUUUAUCAGCUUAGUUUCUUUAUGAAAUUCUCCACUUCAAUUUUGAUGAUAUUUAUAAUGGUUCAAAAUAUUCAAGUCUUGGACAUCUGUAAAUAUGAUUGUGAGAUUGGUACUUAUAAUUUGGACCUCUUGUGAUCCUGUACAUGUACAUACAUAUGAACAAUAUUCUUCUAAGCAAAUUUCAUAUAAUGCAUAAUGUCAUAAUUCUGAAUGCAAAAUUUCAAAUGCAUUUCAAGUGCAAAAAUACAUUCAUAAAGUUCUUGUAUAUAAAGGAAAAAAUAAAAGAACUUAACACACACAUUAGAUUUAUUUUAUUAUUUAUACUGUUAAUAUAAUAUAUAUUUACUGCAAUUCAUAAAGGAACCUGGAUUGUGAUUACUAUUCACAUAGGCCUACAUGUCAAAUAUAAUGAUCACAGACACACCAAAUGUCAGCCAGUAUACAGUAAAACCUGUGUAUUGAGUGAACAAUUUUGCAGCCACAUGCAUCGUUACAAGUUUGUAUUCACUUUAGUGAGAAUUUUUAUGAAAAAGUCAAUGGUGUAUGUCUUAAGAAAUGUUCUUCAUAAAGGGCAGGUAUUCUCUAGAGAUGUGUUCAAUAAGAUUGGUUUUACUGUAGUAAUACUUUCAACAUGUGUAAAUGGUUCCAAUAAUUUAACACCCUCAGUCACACAACACUAAUCAUCCGCCACUAUAGUUAAUGCUUUGAUCUGUUUUAAUGUGUCCUGAGUCCUAUGAUGUAUUUGUUCAGAGUUUGAGAUAUCACCGGUCUCGUUUGCCAUCUCUGAGUAGAUUUUUAAAGAUUCUGUGUAAUAAUUUGCCUGGAAAU